AUGGACGUGUUUCUGACUCGCCUGACCCAGCAGGCAAUGAACUAUGCCAUGCGCUCCGGUAUUGCGAUAACGACGACAUAUGCUAUGCGCCAGUCUGCGCGUUUGCUAAAAAAUCUAGAUGGUGAAGAACGUGAGGAGUUGAAAUCUUUACAGCAACGUUUGAACAGCAAGAUCCAGGUCAUCUCACCAGCCAUUGACAUGAUUGAGUUGAUUGCUGCCCGUGGAAACACCUCGCUCGAAUCGUCUGUUGCUCUUACCAAGUCCCUUCGGUGGGAUAUUCAAGCUCUUGGACAACGAUUGGCAAGAGCGGCCUCGUCUUCAGAAGCCAAGCGCAAGGCUUCAAGGUACUCCAAGGAUUCCACUCACAAUUCCGCGGAAAUCAAGCUAGUCAUCAGAGAUACCAAAACGCUCCUCGCCAGAAUCGAGGAUGCAGUACCGCUCUUAAACUUGGCCAUAACGACUUCGGGUGCGAAGCUGUCUACCAAUCUUCCGUCAACUGUCUCACCAUCACGGCUUCUGCAAUCAAGCUUUUUUCUGAAUGCUGGCGAUACUCAAUACUCCAUGUUACAAUCGCAGGCAGUGCAAAUAGGACCAACGUUUACACUGUCUAUGUACAUGCUCUUCGCUGGACACAUGCGACCACAUGAUGAAGAAUCUGUUCGCGAGGCAACAUGGAAAGAGGUCAUACACAAAGCACAAAUUAAACUCCGACGGGUUCCUAUGGAGCUUUACUACGCGAACGAAGGAUCCAAAUCCUCGCAGUUCGAAGCCCCGGUUCGUGCAGACGAGUAUGCUUACCAACUCCUGCUCGUUGAAGACUUGGAUGACGGAAGAGUCCAUACAUUCGAGGAUAAUGAACCACAGCCUCACGAAUAUGAAGGGGUUGAGAGUGCUGGUUGCCGAGAGAUUCUGCCGAUUCACCAAAUAUCCAAAAUUUUCUAUGCAGACACGAGCAGAAUCCUCAACAUCAGUAGCGAUGGGGAAACAAAUAACCCGGUUUUGCUUCUGAAGAGAGAUCUCAAUGCAUUACCACCACGCCGAAUGAUGGAACGCGAGGAUGUCGAAGAUGAAUAUGCCCCGGAUGAAUCUGGUGCGGAACCUGUCGAUGAGGAGCAAGCGCAACUGGACUCACAGCUAGGUGGUGGGGGCGGCGAUCCGGAGAAUUCGAGCUUCGGUUACCUCCACGAAGACUCUAUUCCUGAGGAGCGGCGACUCCCCUCAGGCCUGGACCCAGAAUGGAUUGCAUUUGAGGUCUACCACGACGAGGAAACUUCAGACACCGAAUCCGAACCUGACACAUCCAAUACCCCAGCACGAGAGUCGCCCAUUGACCCAAACAAAAUGGAGAAAUUAUCAUUGAACGACGAGAAGGACAAUCCAUCUUCGUCUAUCUCCCGCGCGGAAUCGUCAUCUCAACCUGCAGGGGCCACGCUCAACCCAAUUGCCCAGAAAGUCCAAACGAAUCUUUCCCUCCUCGAAAUCCUCCUCCGCCUGACAUCCCUCCAACAAUUCCAGCAACAACCCCAUCUUGCUAUUAGUGACGAAUUACUCAAUUUCUUCCUUGAGGAAUCUUCUACCACCGGUGCUGGUGGUGACGAACAGCACCGUCAACGCCUCCGCUCCGAGGCACGCCGCCGUGUUGGAUGGGAUCCGUAUGACGAGAGCCCUGUCAAACGACGCGGCGAGGACUACCAGUACACCUGGGGCCCUGAUAGUCCUUCCGCCUACCCACGGGAAGGUGAUCAGCUUUACUCGCCUGGAGGUGAUACGCCAAGGGGCUUCCAGUUUCGGUCCAGAGAGAACACCCCCGAGACUCCGCCACGGAGAGGAUCGCCUGGUGUUCGGAAUCCUAGCGGUUUGCGUGGCAUGACCCCUGCGUAUUCUGAUGGUGGUCAUUCGAGACACGGCUCGCCCUUGGCAAAGAAAACUGCUCCUGCAAAGUAUGAAGACGCUGGAACUGGCACGGCCGAAUAG